CCAUAAUAGAGGGGUCUCUGUACAUUUUUAUGCAGAAAUGGGGCUUCGUUUUUUUGUUAACGACAAUACAGGGAUCGAAAACUCCAACUCUCUCUCUCUCUCCCCCUUCCCCAGAUCUCCUUCCCGGCGAAACCCUAGAUCUCAAUCCCAGGUACUAGGCUUACAGAGAGAUAGCUGAAUCCUUCGGAGACACAUCUUUUGAAACUCGAGUUUGUCAGCAUGGUGGUUCUUGCAGCUUCGAUCAUAACAAAGUCUGGAAAAGCACUUGUUUCAAGACAGUUUGUUGAUAUGUCUCGCAUAAGGAUAGAAGGACUACUUGCUGCAUUCCCAAAGUUGGUUGGAACUGGAAAACAGCAUACUUAUGUUGAGACUGAAAAUGUUCGCUACGUGUACCAACCAAUAGAAGCAUUGUAUCUGCUACUUGUUACAAACAAACAAAGUAACAUUCUUGAAGAUCUGGAGACACUGAGACUCUUAUCGAAACUUGUACCAGAAUACUCACCCUCUUUAGAUGAGGAGGGCAUAUGCCUGACAGCUUUUGAGCUGAUUUUUGCCUUUGAUGAGGCCAUCUCUUUAGGGCACAAAGAAAAUGUGACUAUUGCACAGGUUAAACAGUACUGUGAGAUGGAGAGCCAUGAAGAGAGACUGCAUAAGAUGCUCAUGCAAAGCAAAAUUAAUGAAACUAAGGAUGUCAUGAAGCGAAAAGCUAGUGAGAUCGACAAAAGCAAGAUUGAGAAAGGCAGAGGGGACAAAGGAGGAUUAAUGUCGAUGUCUGGUCCUCGAAGAAUUGAAAGUGCUUUUAGUGAUAUGAGCAUUUCUAGCAGUGGUAGUGGAUUUGGAAGUGGUUCCGGAUUUGGACUGAGCACGGAUGCUGACUCUUCCUCCAAGCCCAAAGGUCGUCCACCAGCUUCUGCUACAGCUCCGCCAAAAGGCCUUGGCAUGCAACUGGGCAAAACACAGAGGACGCAUCAGUUUUUGGAAUCUCUAAAAGCGGAGGGAGAAGUGAUUCUCGAGGACGUUCAACCAGGUGCUACUCAGUCAAAGUCAUCUCUGCCACUAAGUGAUCCUAUAACGUUGAACAUCGAGGAGAGGCUUAACGUUACCGUUAAGAGAGAUGGAGGAGUCAGUAAUUUUGAUCUCCAAGGAACUCUUUCUCUUCAAAUUCUUAAUCAAGAGGAUGGCUUUAUCCAACUUCAGAUUGAAAACCAAGAUGUACCAGGCCUUAGCUUCAAAACUCAUCCCAAUAUCAACAAAGAAUUGUUUAAUAACCAGCAUGUUAUCGGGUUGAAAGAUCCAAAUAGGCCUUUCCCCACUGGCCAAAAUGAUGUCGGUCUGAUGAAAUGGAGAAUACAGGGCUUGGAUGAAUCCUCUUUGCCAUUGACUGUUAACUGCUGGCCCACUGUCUCUGGAAAUGAAACUUUUGUGAACAUUGAGUAUGAAGCUUCAGAUAUGUUUGACUUGCACAAUGUUGUGAUUUCUAUUCCUCUUCCUGCUCUUCGGGGCCCACCAACUGUGAGGCAGAUCGACGGAGAAUGGAGGUAUGAUUCAAGGAACUCCACACUGGAGUGGUCUGUUCUUCUUAUUGACCAAUCGAACCGCAGUGGAUCAAUGGAGUUUGUUGUUCCUCCAGCGGAUGCAUCAGCAUUUUUCCCCAUCUCUAUCAAAUUUACAGCUGCUAAUACUUACAGCGAUGUGAAGGUCGGUGGCAUCAUUCCGCUUCGAAGCGGUGCUCCUCCCAAAUUUUCACAACGGAUUCAGUUGAUUGCGGAUUCGUAUCAGGUGGUUUAAUUCUCUGAUGAAAAUGUUGCUUUACUACUAUUAAUAAAGUCACACUUGUGCGCAGUUCAAUUUGAAUGGAGUAAACUUUCUCUUUUAUUUUUGCACCCCUUUUUUUUUUCCAUAUAUUUAUAUCACCAUUUUAACUGAAGAAACAGCUGCACAGGAUUUUUUUUUUUUUUUUUCGUUUUUUGAUUAGUUGGCAGCAGUUAUGUCAUAGAAGUAUUUUUAAUAUUCUAUCACACAGUUAUUUUUGUGCCA